AUGGCUCUGAAAGGAUGGGAAGAGACGGGAGGGGUGGAGGGGAUGCAUAAGAAGGGGCAGAUGGUGCCCUUUGGUGAUGACGGGACUUUUUACAGAGGUUACUGUGCCUGUCUGGCCUCAGAGCUGUCUUUCCUGCUGGAGCCCAGUGAUGUGAUUGCGGUCAGGGAUCGCCCGCUCAUGCUGGACUGCCAGGUGCAGGGAGAUGAACCGAUCAUGAUCACGUGGCGUAAAAACGGGGUGCCUUUACCCACCAGCCCGCGGGUUCGGGUGCUGGCGAAUGGCACGUUGUUCAUCCAGAGCUUCCAGAAACGCAGAGAGGGAAGCGACGCAGAUAUGGGCGAAUACGAUUGUGCGGCCCAGAAUCGCUAUGGCAUGCUGGUCAGCCGCAAAGCCAAAGUGCUUUUGGCAUCUCUUCCUAAGUUCCACACCCACCCGGUGUCCAUGGCUGUGGAUGAGGGAAGCGUCGCUCGCUUCCAGUGUCAGAUCACCGGAGUACCUGAGGCUAACAUCACCUGGGAGAGAGACAGAGUACCCCUCAGCACCGGUGACAACAGAUACACUCUCCUGCCGCAGGGCAUCCUCCAGGUGACGGGCGUGAGGCAGGCGGAUGCUGGAGUUUUCCGCUGUGUUGCCACCAACAUCGCAAACACCCGCUACAGCCAUGAGGCCGUGCUCAACAUCACUGGUGGAGCUCCCAGAAUCUACAAGGAGCCGGUCAUCUUGUCAGGACCCCAGAAUCUGACCAUCACUGUCCAUCAGACGGCGAUCUUGGAGUGCAUCGCCACAGGAAACCCGAGGCCUAUUGUUUCCUGGAGCAGGCUAGAUGGACGCUCCAUCGGGGUGGAGGGCAUCCAGGUUCUGGGGACGGGGAACCUGAUGAUCUCAGAUGUUUCUCUGCAGCACUCUGGUGUGUACGUCUGUGCUGCCAACCGGCCCGGCACCAGAAUGAGACGUACGGCACUGGGACGACUCGUGGUGCAAGCUCCCCCUGAGUUCCUGCAGUGGCCCCAGUCUGUGUCCAAACCAGCAGGGGGCAGCGCUGUGUUCACCUGUGUGGCCCAGGGCGUCCCCGAGCCUCACCUGAUCUGGCUGAAGAACGGCAAGGUCCUGAUGCCGGGACACAACGUCAAGCUGACCAAUAACAACAGCACCCUGGCUCUGACCCGUAUCAGCUCAGAGGAUGAGGCCAUCUACCAGUGCAUCGCCGAGAACAGUGCAGGCACCAACCAGGCCAGCGCCCGUCUGGCCGUGGCCCAGGCUAAAGACCUGCCCGCCGCCCCUGAGGGCCUCAGAGCCAGCGCGCUCUCCACCAACGCCCUGCAGAUCACAUGGAGGGAACCACCUGCCAACGUCACCGACAGCAUCAUCGGAUAUGUCCUGCACAUCCGCAAGAUUGGAGAGCCUGACAGUCUGGAGCUGCAGGAAGCCAUCAGUAAAGGCACCUUCCAGCAUGAUGUGUCCAACCUGGAAGCAGCAACCACCUACUCCCUCUACCUGAAGGCCUACUCUCCUCUGGGAGCAAGCCAGCAGUCCAGCACCGUGGUGGCUACAACACUAGGGGGCGUGCCAACACCUCCCACCUUCUUCACCAAGGUGGUGAACUCCAGCGCCGUGCAGGUCCUCUGGGAGCUCCCCAGUAAAGCCGGCAAGGCUGAGGGCUUCAGGCUUUCCUACCGCAGGGUCCCAAACGCUGCUUUCCAGGGGCCAAUCCAACUGCCCUGUCACGUCAAUGCCCACACCAUCUCUAAGAUGGAACCGGGUGGCGUGUACGAAGUCAAACUGGUGGCCUACAACGGAAACGGCGAGAGCGACUCCUCCAAGAGACUGGUCUCACUGGCAGAGGAAGGCGUGAGUGACCCGGCCACUGGAGAGAAGAGUCUGUGUCAGUGCAGGGAUGGAGAGGCCUCUCUGGGCAGCAUUGUCAUUGGCAUUCAUAUCGGCACCGCCUGCAUCAUCUUCUGUGUUCUCUUCCUCAUGUUUGGAUACCGUCGCAGUCUGUUUUGCAGUAAAGGGACUCAGGACAGCUGGUCUGUACCGAGGGACAACACAGGACAUAACGGGAUCCCUAAAGAUGGAGCAAACCGCACCAUAGUGGAGCCAUUACCUCAGGCGGUCUGUCCAUCGCAGUGCCAGGUCGUCAUUGAGCAGCACAUGGCAGGUUUGCCUGGCACGGGCGCUGGCUAACACUGGUCAAUAAUUCAACACCCACAACCCUUUCCUUUCCCAUCCACAGUCUGCUACUGCCACUUAAGGAACCCCCAAGCCUCCCAUCAAUGAGCACCUUUCCGUGCUCUUUGAUAGGGGUCAGCCAUGGGUUUAGUCAUCCCGAAACCUGCUGCUAAUAACCUGAAAAUAGCCUCCAUAAAUCUGUGACAGAAUGCUUAUAUGAACCAAGAAUGGUACCCCCACCCUCGCCUCUACCUCAAACCAAAGCUUAUUGCCUUUAUUGCCUGUGCACACGUGCACAUGUGCAUUUUCACAAAGCAUUGCCACUGCAGAUUUAGCUCCCGUUACCUUCUUUCUGUGCGUACGCUUCAAACACUCAUGUCACUUUUCCAGCGGGAGUCUGUUCCAUAACCAAAAUUUUCUAUUUCUUAGACUUCCUCUGGUAAGCUGACAUGUGAAGAUGUACACUUUGGUCUUUAAACCCAAAUGAAGCCAAAUAUUCUCACCUACCUACGUCCAAUUAGUCUGCCGUGACAGAACUCUUGAAUUUGCCUUCAGUUCCUCUGCAAUAAGAAAGGGAAGAAACAUAGCGGCCUUUGCAAACGCCUUACAGAAGGAGAGAGUCUGAUUAGAAAUGAUUGUCCGUGAAGCCAUUUAGAAGAACCACGUUAACAGGCAUUCUUUACUCAACUCUUCCUCAACCAAAAGCUGCACGCCUCCAAAGAAAGCUACCUCAGUCUGACAAGAAUGUCUGAGCCAUAGAUAGGCCAACGUUAGCCUGAUGAUGCUGCUUGUGCUUGUGCUAGCCUACCUCAACCAAAAAAACUAAAAAAAAAACCCUUUUCCCUGAGUUACUACUUCCCCCAACCAGUGCCAACGCCAGCGUACCGUGCCAGCCGCCAACCAGGCCAGUCCAGAGAGUGCUCACCGGGAUGACUACCAUGGAGAGCAUAACCGUGGCAGAGCCUGACGCCUUACCGUACCAGAGAUCGACAAGAGCCUUAACAGCCGCCUGUUCGAGCCAGGUCAACUUUUGUUUUUCGUCAACAUGUGGUGGAAAUCUCCAACAUUUCUGAAGAUUUUUAAGAAGGCCAUCUAGUGUUUCCUUCUUGAUUGUCGUUGCUCCAUUAAGUGGUUAUCCACGGCUUUAAAUAGUCACAAGUGUCCAUCUCCAAAGACAUAUUUGUGCAGAGGAUGUAGCUCAUGGAAAAUAUGGACCUCAAAGAGUGCGUGGUGAACCCUUUACGCCAUGCAUUCGUUGCUUUUCUAUGAAGUCUAUGACAAGUUCAAACCAACAGGAUGCUUGUUCGAUCUGCACAAAGUUGAUGGCAUACUGAAGAUAAGCCAAAAAAAAAAAAGAAAAAAGAAAUGACUGAGGCCAAGCUGUCAAGUUAACUCUCCAGAUGCCAAAUUGGUCAUCCUGGGACCUCAACGACACUGAGUUGGCGGCUAAAAAGAAGUUUUAAGGUGAGACUUGCCUGAACGCACGGACAAGGCUCGUGUUUCACCGUGUCAGCCUAUCCAAAAAGUUAUUCUAUGAAAACCAAGCUGAAUGAUGCCCAAAGAUGUAAACAUUUUGAUGGUUUUCUUUAUUUUCCUUUCAAAGAUUAUUUUAAAAGAGACUACAUUUACUUACAAUUUUGGAUUGCUCCUGUUUGAAAAGGGGUCACCUGCGUCUGAAGUGCUUUAACUGAACUUAAGCCAAAAACAUUUUCUCAUGAUUUCAAUACCAUUUUGUUUUUAAAAGAAAUAAUAUCUUUCAUGACCUUUUAGUUUGGAAGUCAUUGCAGGUGAACCCCCUUCAACAUGGAGCUCCUAUUUUGUUGAUUCUAACAUUUAAAACUUUUAAAGAGUGACCAAAUGAAGAUGUCAGAUAUUUUCAAAGACUUUUUAAUGUCAAUACUAUAGGGAAUACUCGCUUCCUUUUUUUAAAAGUAGUUGAAUCGUUGCCAAAUAUUUAGUUAUUGUAAAGAAAUAUGUAACCAAAUACCUCUACAUUCUUAACAUUCAUACUCUACCUUUACACUUCCUCAUAACCAAAGCACAGAAACAUGUUUGUGAAUAUGAUAAUAUACGUUUGUGUGUGAAUGAUGGCAGUACGGGAACCUUGAGGGCAGAAGCUUUGAGAAGGAACCACAGGUUGUCAUCUUGUCCAGCUGAAGAUUGGCACCAGAAAUCAAGAAAUUUAUAUUUUUAGGUUUCAUUUAAUUGUUUCUAUUCAUGCAACCAAUUUAAAAAGCCAUAAAAAAAAGCACGACACAAUGCAAAAUAAGCCUUAGACUUUGGUCAAAAACCCACAAUAGCUUACUAACUAAUGUCUCCUUCUGAUUUAGAAAUAAAGGCAUGUCAUAUGUUGGAACAAUAACAAUAAAUUUAAGAAGGUUUCCCAACUGAAACCAUGAAAAAAUGCUUUAAACAUUGUUUUUAACCAUGACUUUGCCUCUUAUUGCCUGUUAUGAAUGAGCAAACUCGUAUAUUAUGGUCCCCAAAAUGUGUGUUGUCUCGAGCUUUCAUGCUCCUCAAGGUUUGCCUUUAACCCUUUGUGAGUGUUAAAUGUUUAUUCAAAGCAGAGCAGUAUAAAAAGAUGAGCGCUUUUCCCAUCUCCUUUUCAUACACAUACCGAAAGCUGUUAAACCAACGCGAUACCAAAAAGUGUAUUUGAUAUGGAAGACCCCAAAAAAGGUCGACGUGUUUUUGUAGUGUGAAGUGUGUAGCGGUUAAAACUAGUUUUGAAAAUGGAAAGCAUUUGUUUGCUUCUGUUUGGAACGAUUCAUUUCUCUGCCUCUUUUCACUUGAGUCUUUUUGUUCUUCCUGCUGUGCACAGGAAAA